UAAAAAAGUGGUGAGGGGGUUCCAAAGCCGGUCGCAGGAUUCAGGCGUUUUCUUUGUCGCACAAGUGGCGUGGCUCGUUUAAGCCGGUAGUUGAGGCGCUGAGGGCAGCUCUAGUGGGAGUGUUCGAGGAUUCGUUUUGUUGAAGUUCGCUGCUAAAGAUGGCAGAUCCUGAUGUCCUUACCGAGGUUCCCGCAGCAUUGAAGAGGUUAGCCAAGUAUGUGAUCCGGGGGUUUUAUGGCAUUGAGCAUGCUUUGGCCUUGGACAUCUUGAUCCGGAACCCCUGUGUCAAAGAGGAGGAUAUGCUGGAGCUGCUCAAGUUUGAUCGGAAGCAACUUCGAUCAGUUUUGAAUAAUUUAAAGGGAGACAAGUUCAUCAAAUGCAGAAUGAGGGUAGAGACUGCUGCAGAUGGGAAAACCACUCGCCAUAACUACUACUUUAUUAAUUAUCGCACUCUUGUUAAUGUGGUAAAGUAUAAAUUGGACCACAUGAGACGGAGGAUUGAAACUGAUGAGAGAGAUUCCACCAACCGGGCUUCCUUCAAAUGUCCUGUCUGUAGUAGUACUUUUACAGACUUAGAAGCUAAUCAGCUCUUUGAUCCCAUGACAGGAACUUUCCGCUGUACUUUUUGCCAUACAGAGGUAGAAGAAGAUGAAUCAGCAAUGCCCAAAAAAGAUGCACGCACACUUUUGGCAAGAUUUAAUGAACAAAUUGAACCCAUUUAUGCUUUGCUUCGGGAAACAGAGGAUGUGAACUUGGCCUAUGAGAUACUUGAGCCAGAACCCACAGAAAUACCAGCUUUGAAACAAAGCAAGGACCGGGCAGCAACUACUGCAGGAGCUGCUGGCCUGCCAGGUGGGCACCACCGGGAAGCAUGGGCCAGCAAAGGUCCCUCCUAUGAGGACCUAUACACUCAGAAUGUUGUCAUUAACAUGGAUGACCAAGAAGAUCAUCGAGCCUCACUGGAGGGGAAAUCUGCCAAAGAGAGACCCAUUUGGUUGAGAGAGAGCACUGUCCAAGGAGCAUAUAGUUCUGAAGAGAUGAAGGAAGGUGGUAUAGAUAUAGACGCAUUUCAGGAGCGUGAGGAGGGCCGUGCAGGGCCAGAUGAUAAUGAAGAGGUCAUGCGAGCACUACUCAUUCAUGAGAAGAAGACCCCCUCAGCCACAGCAGGCUCAGUGGGGGCAGCUGCUCCCGUGACCACUGCCAAUGGCAGUGACUCAGAAAGUGAGACCAGUGAGUCAGACGAUGACUCCCCACCUCGACCAGCAGCUGUGGCAGCGCAUCAUCGGGACGAGGAUGAGGAGGAGGACGAUGAGUUUGAGGAAGUAGCAGAUGAUCCCAUUGUUAUGGUGGCUGGCCGUCCGUUCUCCUACAGUGAAGUGAGCCAGCGGCCAGAGCUGGUGGCCCAGAUGACACCAGAGGAGAAGGAAGCAUACAUAGCAAUGGGACAACGCAUGUUUGAGGACCUUUUUGAUUAGGUAAAAUGUGGGGAUAAUGUCAGCAAUGGUAGUGGGGAACUGAGAUGUUUUUGACUACUUGAGACGAAAGCUGCGGUGUUGGAAGUGCUGCUGACUCCUAGGGGACUGAGGGAACUGAGGACCCUGCAGAGCUGUUCCAGAGAUGGAGGAGCUAAGAGCUGAUCCUAAAUCAGGUUUGGAAGCCCACUAUGCUUCUUCCUAUGCAUUGUAUUAAUAUAUAGUGUAUGCGAAAUUGCUUAUGUGUUUAUCAUUUGCAUCACCUUCUUGCUAGAAUGUAAGCUCCGUGAGGGCAGAGAAUUUAUCUUUCUUGCUCAUGGUAGUGUUCUGGCUCCCAUCUCUGACUCGGUGCCUGGCACAUAGUAAGUAGUCAUCAAUACAUAUUGAAGGACUACACAAUUAUGUUUGUUCAGGCCAGGGGUAAACUGUGGCCUUUAUAUAAAAGAUAGUUAUUUUCAGUUUCUGUUGUUACUUGUAUACCUAAUGUUUGUGAUGCUGUUUUGUAUUUAUUGUCUCCCUUUUGGAAUGCUUACAGGUGGUGAGUGCUGAUCUGCAUAGCAAAGGGCAUUUUCCCGGCAACUGGUGAAACCAUCCAACCAAAAGUACAUAUGACAAUUAAAUCUAACCUAAGGCUUACGUGUGAAUUUGUUCACUUAGUCUGUGUUAAGGUCAUUUUUUGAAGAGGAAGUUUGUAAGAACAAAGAACAUGCUAUUUCUUCAAUUGGGGGUAUUAUUUGUCUCAUAAUAAAAUUGAUGUUACUGUGGUUUUCUUCGUGAUAUCAAAGACCCG